AUGGCAUCACGAAAAGCGACAGAGACAGCCCAAGCUAUAUCUUGGCUCAUGCCCAAUGUAAGGGGACCAUACAAGUGUAAAAGGACCCUACUGGCAAAUGUGGUGAGCAGUAAGCUAUUAUACGUGUCUUCUACCUGAGCCACAAUGAGCGCUAAGACUGCCAAAAACCGAGGGGCAAAAUCUAGGGCUCAGAGAACUGUCGCAUUAUGCUGUAUUCGUACCUACCGAACCGUUUCAACCAGAGAAUCCCUAGUCCUCUCAGGGAUGUAACCGGGAGACCUUGUGGCUCUCGAGAGGGCUAGAGUAAGACAACGUAUCAAUGAUGGUCUCCCAAAUAUCCCUGCCCAACUAAUAGUGAGGGAUGAAAGGGAAGCAAUCAGCGACACCUGGCAGGCCAGGUGGGAUGAAGACACCAAGGGAAGAUGGACCCAGAGACUGAUGCCCAACAUCAAGCGCUGGACGAGCAAACCACCAAUGGCUACUUCAUCUCAUAUAACGCAGGCGCUUACUGGUCAUGGAUGUUUUCGCAGCUAUCUAAAGAGAAUGAAACGAGCCGAAGACAAUACCUGUUGCUACUGCCUAAACCCGGACACCAUGAAGUACACCAUUUCUGAAUUCGCUAAAUGGAACACCGAAAGAGAUCCAAUGGCUCUAUUACUGAGGCAUCCUGUUCGUGCUGAAGACGCGAAAGAUCUUCUGUGCGGUCCUCCAACUGCCGAUUUGCCAGACGAUCCCGCUGCUAGAGCAGCGAUCCAGAAAUAG